AUGAAAAACUUCUCUUAUACCAGUCAACCGGGAACUCCGUUGGACUACAACUAUGGUCGGUCCAUGCUGCCGUCACAUUUGUUGACACCCUUUCUAGCUACACCAGUUCUUCCAUCCCAGCCAAGCACGCCAUAUAUUGAUCAACACAUGAGCAAUCUGGAUCAGAAAUAUUUAACGGAGCACUACCAGUUGCUGCAUGAGGUGAAUCACUCUAGAUCCUUGUUAUUUGAGAAAUUGCCCAAGGAGUUGUCUCUGAAAGAGUUUUUGGACGCGUUCAAAUCGAGUCAGUUCUUGGAGAAUGUGAAAAUAAAAGAGGAUAGUGGUGAAGGGACAUCCGUGUUGGUGCAGUUCGUCAACGAUGAGUCUGCUUUAGUCUUUCUGCAAAAUUUUGACUGGAGGGACUUUGUUUCUUCAACAGGCUUUGACAAUCUCAAGAUCUCAUGGUGUUUCAAUAACUCAUCCGAUGACUAUUUGGUAGAUGGGACUUAUAUGGAUAGGAUUCUGAAUCUGAAUGCCACAAGAUCUCUUGCAGUUAGAACGUUGACCCAAAAUAAAACUGGUGAUCAGUUGUAUGAUUUGGUUAUUUCUAUUUUGAAAGCUGAUCUGCCAGAAGCAAUACCACUUAUUGUCGACUAUCAGUAUCGGUAUGAAACCAUACAGAUCAAUUUUUCUAAUAUUUCCACGAGUAUAGAAGUGUUUGAGUUGCUUAAUGACACUCAUCAAAAGCUAUUACUUCUGUCUUCUUUUUGUAGUGAUCCCUGUCUUUUUCAUCACCAAAUGACCACUCCUCAAAUUUCAAGCAAUGCUCCUCCAAUAAACUCUUCAUAUAGCAAUCUUCAAAACAGAACAAUUUAUUUGGGCGGAUUGCAUCCCGACACCACCGUGGAAAGCGUUUGCAAUGUCGUUAAAGGUGGGAUCCUGCAGAAUGUCAAGUUAAUACCUGAAAAACGAAUUUGUUUCGUAACCUUCAUUGAUGCAUUUGCGGCAGAACAGUUCUACAUGAACUCCCAACUUAGAGGCCUAACAAUCAAACAGAAACGCGUACGAGUGGGCUGGGGAAGACCUAUUGGGCCAGUACCAAACAAUAUCCCCCUUGCUGUCACUGCCGGUGCGUCUAGAAACAUUUACAUCAGCGAGAGCAAGACAAAAAAAACACAAUCGUUACCUAGUGCAGACAUCCUUCGUCAUGAUUUCGAAUAUUUUGGUGAACUUGAGCAGAUCAACUUUUUCAAUGGUGAUAAAUGUGUUUUUUUAAACUUUUGCAACAUUGCAGCAGCCAUUGAACUCAUUGAUUGUCUGAACUUGUUCAAGAACAAGAAUCUUGAUCCAGAAAACCCAGCAUUUAGUCUCCUUUCAAAAUAUGAGGAAUUUAAAAUCAAUUUUGCCAAAGAUAGAUGUGGAAACCUUCCUAAAGAGAUCAAAAGGGAUCGCAAGCCCCAUCACCGAUCCAAGGACGGAAAGGAACCACACGAACCAAAAAAUCAUCAUAACUCACAGUCUGAUCCACCAAAAGCUUCCGAGUCAGCCAGUCCUGAACAAAUACAGGAUGUCCAGGAGAUAUUUGCUAGUAUGGGAAUCAGCACCAAUGGAAGACCUGCAACUGCACCUAUAUCUGCACAACAAAAAACCGAUGAAGAAAAAUCACAGAGCCCUCCAUCUGGAUUAUCGUCCAUAUCGCCAACAUCGUCCUCCACAUCGAAGCCGACAACAGCAUCGGGUGGCGCAGUUAAUUUCAAGGACCAACAGCGACCUGGCAGGACGUAUGCAAUGUCGGGCUCUCAAAUAAUGGCACAGUAUCUUGCCAGUGUUCAACACAACAAUAUUUACUACGCUAAUGCAGUCUUGAAUGUUGAGUCAGAGAGAAACUCAGAAGACGACUAUAACUAA